UAGUUUGUACCUGUUCAAAGCUUGCCGGUAAUUAUUUAUUCUCAACCAAGCAAAUCCCCCGCCUAUGAAACCUUCAAUCUUCCACGCAUUCCACCAUCUUCAACCUCACAAUCCACCACAAUGUCUCUUUUCUCUCUGCAAUUUCGAGGCAUGUUUAGAGCAAUGAACAAGAGAAAAGGUCGCCGGGGAUACGAACAGUUGAUCAGCGAAUCCACCAUCCUCGAUAAUCUACCGCCGGAGCCUAAGAUGAUCAGAUCCACAUCGUUGCCUGCAAAUUCCUCCGGCGAUUUUCCGGUGAAAGUAGAUCUCACAGACAAGCAAAUGAGAAAGGUGAGGAAAGUGCAUCCGCUCUACAGCUUAUUAGAGAAGAGGAGGAAGAAGAAGGCGACUGCUAAACCAGAGUUUUCAAGGUACUUGGAGUAUCUCAGGGAAGGAGGUAUUUGGGACGCUAAUUCAGCUAAGCCUGUCAUCUACUGAUUUAGUGAUUAUUUCAAUCAACUAUAAAACUUUUAGGAGUUCUUACAUUAAUCGAGUGUUUGUAUGCAUUGAUUGUAGAUACCAUUGCGUGUUCUUCAAGUAUUUUAUGUUCUUAUAUAGUAUCAAAUAAUCAAAAAUACUUAUAUAUACAUUUGAUUUUUUGUGUAUCA